CCUCUCUCCCAACGCUAGAAUAUAUAAUAUUCUGUUGAUAUAUUACUCUCGGAUAUAUCUUCCUACAUGCGUUUGUCAAUUUGUAAGUUACACGAUUGACGGGCAGUUGUUGGUGUACAGAUCGAUUAGACCGAAUGCCAUCGCCUAAUCGCGGACAUAGUCCAUGAGCCAUCGAGAGUCUUGUUGUAAAUAAUGUAUCCUUAUAAAUGUUAUGUAAUAAUAUUCACGUUCACCGGUUGUGAAUGAUCAGUUACGAUAAUACGUUUCACCGAACGUUGGUUUGAAAAACUAAUUCUUUUCGAUCGUUUGCAAAACGUUCGAGAAAUUUUAUACAUACAUAAUCACACGGGAUAAAAAGGAACAUGUAUAUUAGACGCAUUAUCGGUGCACUGUAAUAAAAUUACAGUAAUAAAAUUACGGUUUGUAAAAAGACUUGGUUCCAAUUAAUGAUAAUUUGUGUUGUACGCAGUAACGAAGUGUUAGACAGACGAAGAAAAGAGAAAAAGAGAAAUUAGACAGCGUGAAGCUCGCGCUUCCACGUGGUGAUACGUCUUAUCGUAUUUUUUAUUCGUCAACGUCCCUCCACGGUCCAUUGGAUUUCGCUUUUCUUUUGCCGCACAGUGUAUCCCGUUCGAUUCAAUCGCGUCCCUUUGCUACCAUCCACGAGUUACCGUUCAUUGAUAUACACACCGAUUGCCACACGUUUCUCUGGGGAUCUCAGUGUCUCCUUUCACUCACGGAUUCUUUGACCAAUUUAGAAUCGAUUUUAUCGCGGUGAAAAUUUGAUUGGACACCAUUCUUUUUAGCAGUUCUCCAAUAUCCCACAAUAAAGCCUUGUGACUAAGUUCCAAAUUACGAACUUAUCACAGCCCGAAAAAAAGAAGAAUACAUUCAAUUUGUCAAAGUACUAUCAAAGUACAUAGUAAAAAAAAGAAGAAGAAAAGGAAGAACUACUUUAACAAAAAUUCAUAUAACUUGAACUUCGAUUAACAGAAGAGAGAUUCUUUUUUUCUUUUAAUAUUGUGCACUAGAAAACUAUAGAAAAGCAUAGUCGUCCAUCAAAUUUCUCCUGUGUAAUAAAAAGCUCGACUUCAAACUUAUCGAUAAAAUCUAAAUCACUGAAAGCUUACGUGAUAAAUCUCCGCGCUUCGAUGCAUCACGUUGUACAGGUUGUACUAAAUCAAUGACUUCAACUUGUUCGUACAAACGUGUACAAAAUAAUAAUUUUUUGAAAUCAAAUAUACGAAAAUGUGUUCACCGUGUGUAUCUCUUAUCGGAUUCCAUCCGAUUAAAAAGAUAUAACUUUUUCAACCUCACUGUUUUUGAAAGGAUUAGAGAUGUGAGGUUUAAUUCCGAAAUAUACGCGUGCUUUGAAGCAAUACGCGAUGAACGUAUCUCUGUAAGUGAAAAUUAGACUUUGCAACGUUUGAAUGUAUAUUAAAUGAACGAUGAAACAUGAGAAUUAUUAUGUCUUUCAUUCGAUGUCCAAUCGCGUAAAAUAUUCAUUCAGCGCAUUCAAAUAUCGCGUAUAUAUUUGUAAUGAUAUAUUACACCGUCAUUGUCAAAUAUGCAAAUAACGCGUGACUGAACGCGCAGUUUAAAAAAAAAUUGACUAAAUUUAUCCGAUAUCGGCACGAUAUUAUCAAUAUUGGCCUGCCAAUUUUACAAAAGACUGUGCUCUUGUAAACGUAAUAUCGAUUUGGCCCUUUUCACUAAAACACAUCGCACAGGGCAAUAUUUGCUACCGUAUCUACUUCAAUUAAACAACACGAGCAAUUACUUGUUAGCAUAACGCGUGGCCUGGAUUGACUAAUUAUUAAUACUUAUUAGUACUCCCGAUGCUUCCGUGGAACCGUAAAUCCCAAGAGAUAUUUUAGUCUCGUCAAUAUGUGUGUAAAACAAUGUAUAAAACUAGUCCUCUCUCUAACGCGUAGGAUGAGAGAAUUUUGAAAGGUUUCGGAUCUAAUCCAAACGUCGCAAAAAUCGUUCGAUCGACGACAUAUACAUGUAUUCGAACUAGCCACCUAACGUACACAUAAACUUGUAUAAACGUGUCUGUGUAAUAAUAACUUAUGCUAAGAGUGUAAAGUGAUUUUUCACCAUUUUUUAUAUUCGGGACAUCGCCCUAUGAACUGUUGCUCGGUGAAUUGAAUAGUUUGUAACGCGCACUGUAUGCAUAUGUACGUUAUUACGUUAAUAUCGGAUUAGUGUCGCGAAUUGCGGUCUCCGUUCAAGCGUUCAAGAACUGUAAGACAUUAAACUGUAUACAUUAAUAAGAAUUGAAUAACCGUUAGAGUAUGUGUAUAGAUUUAACGGAACAUUUAUGAAGCUCCAGACGAUCAUUUCCUUGAAUUCAAUGACAAAACAGCGAUCGAUUAUUUAUAAUAUAUUUACGGAGGCUCCCGUCGAAGACAAAUAAUUGGAUAAUUUAUAAAAGCAAGAAGUAUAAAAGUAACGCGAUAAAAAGUUCUUUGAAAAACAGAAAGAAAUGUACGCGAAGUACCCAAUUAUACACGGAAGCAAUGAGCACGAAUCACAUAUUUUUACAAUGAGAAUGUAUGUUUCUACGUAUGACGUUUCCUUCGGAUUUAGCCGUUUCUUUGAUACGCGUCGUUGUACGGCGAGUACUAAAAUAUUAAUAAAUGCAUUUAAAAGAAUCGAAAAGAAAUUAAUGAACGAAGAAGUUACAUUAGAGAUGUUUAAUUUUGUAAUAAAACGUAGAUUUACGUAAGAUUAAGAGAGGAUUACAUUUGCGUCGCCUUUAUUGUUAACGUGUAACGUCCAAUAAAAUUCUGAUAUAUGCAAAGUAUUACGAUCACUUCUCAUUACCCCAGGGAGUCAACGAGAUGUUACGUACAUAGGAGAAAAUAUCGCGUGAAAUUAUGUGAAAUUAUACGAAAAGAGCCGAACGAGCGCACGCGCGCGCGAGCGCGAGACAGAAAGAGAGAGAGAAAGAGAGAGAGAGAGAGAGGUCGAAGUUUAUUUCAUGAUAAAAAUAAACGUUAACGUGUUAAUAUUUUUCAUGAUUUAAUACCGAUAUUUAUAAUUGUUCAAACAAAUAAUAUCCGUGAUUUAUUUAUGGUAUUCCUCGCAUAGAAAAUCGCAUUUUAAUAUUGCCUCGCGCGAAUAUCAUUCUAUUGUUUAUUUCAUUCUAAAGUAAAUCGCAUAUGUAGCUUAACUCGUAAGAUUACCUCUUUUCCUGCUCGCGCAUAGAAAUUAUAUUGGAAUAUUCAUUCCACCUGUGUAUAAAUCUAGAUUGAGAUAUAUGACGACUAUGAGAAAGAAAUUUUGCGCGAAUUUUACAUCUUUAACUAUUAAACUCCAACCACGACAAUACUCACAGUUUCAUAUCUGAAUCACCGCGUUGGAAAAAUAUGUCAUAUUGGAUUCUACGCCAUCACAAAAAUUCUGACGUGUGAAAAUUCUCACGUCAAUAGAAAACAUAUUGCGUGUUAUUCGCGCAUCUAUCCUCACAGGAACCUGUGGGGAGGAGCCGAUAUCGCUCGAUGCCCCGCGUUGUGCAAUGCAUAAAGUUCAAUUUAGUUGCUUGCUUCUCGUGCACGAAAUAAGAUAUAUUCCAUACCUUUUUAUAGGAGAGCAUACGUGUCUCGAUAGAAAGUGAGUAUUGCGAUAUUCUCGCAAUUCUCUCUUUCCCUCUCUCUCUCUCUGCCUCGCGCGCGCACGCGUGAUAACAAACUCCCAAGCGAAAUACGUAUUAUGUUACAAUUAAGCCGUUGUAAUAGGCCGCAGUUCGUAACCAUCGUGCGUAAUGUUUUAACUCUGACGCUAAUUAACUCCCCAUGGGGCAAUUUUCUACCUGAAUUGAUAUGGUAUCUACACAUACCUCAUGUGCCAAAGUAUGGAAUACGUAUACGCGUCGCAAAUAUAAUCUCGCGUUUUAAAUUUCCUGCUGUAAUUAUAGUGUAAUAUAAUAUAAUGUAUAAUAUCACCGCUGAUUAAGUGAUAUUAAUUAUUAUGUAAUUAUCGACAUCUAAUCGAUAAUGAAUGUUAUCGAAAGUAAACAUAACAUAAUAUGGGAAGUAUGAUUUAAAGACACACGGAGUAUCGGAAAAAACCUUUCGUACAACAAUAAACACAUACAAAGAAACGACAUUGAUGGAGACGAAAAAAAAAUACUGAAUCAAUUGGUGUCUCUAUUUUUAGGUGGACAGUGACAUUUUAAUACAUCAUUAAUAAGAAUUCCUCUGCUGUUGGUACACCCUGAGGAAAUACGAAGAAGAAUAAUCGAUUUAAUGUGCAGGUCGUAACCAAUAAUUCCUGCGAUGAGAGUGUUACAAACUUUAAAUCUCGAUAACAGAAUUAACUGCUAGUCGCGAAUUUACCAUAUGUACGUGCGUGUAUAAGCUCAAUGAAAUUACACGAAUAUGUGAAUCUUAUCUCUGUGAUGUUCGCUCGAAAAAAAAUGUCAUUGUCACGUGAUUUAAAUGCCUAUUCCGCUCCUUAUACACGAUCCCGUUUAGAUCCAAUGCAUUUUCUCGUGUGACUUACGUGAAAAUUAUGCCAUCUUCAACCUGAUGGCACUAGAGGGAAAAUGCAAUGAUGAAAUUAUAUUUUCGUAUAGUACGUAUGACAUAUGCUAUAUAUGUGACUUAUAUCCGAAAAUCUUAUUAAAAACAAAGAGUAUAUACGUACGAGUAUAGCACGCACAGAUCUCGCGCAAUCUGUGAUUUGAUAAAAAUCUAAUCGUGACUAAAUAUGUAUAUGAGAUACACCAGGCAUACUAUAAUCUCUGAAAAAUAUUACCACUAAUAAAACUAUUCUAUUUAUUCGUGAAGAUAAGUUAAGCUAUCUUAUGAAAGAGAAUGUUAAGUUAUACGAUAUCAUGCAGUAACGUUUCAUCGCAUCUCCCAUCUACAGUGUUCUAUCUUCACAUUAUCACCAAUUUGUGAAUAUAGUAUAAAGAAUUUUGAAGUGUAAAGUAAUUCCAACGAAAAGAUCUUUGACAAUGUGUUGAGUAUCGUGAUACACAGUCCGUGUGUAAUACCGUAAAUAAUAUCGCAAACAUUGAGUAAGUUUCUAGACUGUUCGCUGCCAAACCGAAAAGUUCACUUUUAGCAAUAUAGUCAGAAGAUUGUGUAUGCCGUCAUUAUCCGAAUGUUCUAAAAAUACUCAUGAAACAUAUCUUGCCGAAAAGUAAAAAUGGCGUUCAACAAGCAUGAAAGUACAAGCGAAGUAUAUAUUGCAAAAAACUCAAGAAAUAUAGCAGAAGAAAACGAGCUAUCUAAUAUUGGGUCCCUAAAAUUGAAAGUUUACAAGAGGAGAUGGCUAAUGUUAGCUAUUUUUUCUAUCUGUAGCAUAGGAUCUUUAUCGCAAAUGGCAGAAAUCGGAAGCAUAAGCAAUAUAGUUGCUAGAUACUACGGAGUGUCUCCAUUAAUAGCUGAGUGGGUGACGACCAUAUGCCCGAUAUUUUACACAAUACUUGCAAUCCCUAUUUCAUACUUGAUAAAUAAAUACGAUUUGCGAUGGGUCCUCAUCGUAAGUAACGGUCUCAGUUUGUUAGGUGCUUUCAUAAAGAUUUUCUCCGUCCAUCCCAACAGGUUUUACCUUAUUAUCAUCGGUAAAUCGAUAGUCGCAAUCGCGCAGACUGUAAGUAAGCUGAUACCGGGGAAAAUAGCAACACAAUGGUUUCCAUUUCACGAACUGGCGACCGCUUCGUCUAUAGCUAAUAUAAGUAUCCACAUAGGUAUAAUGUGCAGUUUUCUCUUUCCGCUCAUAAUAGUGAAAAAUCAUGAAAGUCUAGAUGACAUCGCUAACGAUCUAUUAUAUUUAGCUUGGACUAUAGCUAUCCUUAACACGGUUGGAUUUCUUCUAGUAUUCAUAUUAUUUCAGCACGAACCGAAACUACCACCGUCCGAGACGCGAGCAUUGCAAAAAAUAAGUCGGGGAAAGAGAAAUGACAAAUUCAUUGAGACGAUAAAGAGACUCUUCAGAAAUAGGAAAUUCAUCUUGCACUGUAAUAUCUGCGGUGUAGUUUUAGGCAUAUUAGCUUCUGCGGGUGCACUCUUCAAUAUGACAGUCCGCGAGUAUUUCGAGAAUGCAGCACAAAUUGCAGGCAUACUUGGCAUAUGUGUAUGUGCUUUCGGUGCUAUUGGUGGCAUUACUAUCGGUAUCAUACUUGAUAAAAUGCCUAAAUAUAAAGAACUCAGCAUAAUUGCAAACUUAUCCAUUGUUCUUUUUAUGAUGUUAUACCUGAUAUCUAUCAUUCUUCAGAUGAAAUGGAUGUUAUAUGUCUCAACGUGUGUAAUGGGAUUUUUCAUGAUAGGAUAUACGAUGUUGGGAUUUGAAAUAUCUAUUGAAUACACCUAUCCGGAGCCCGAAAAUAUAUCUAUGGGAAUCAUGGAUAUAACGGUUCAAGUAUACACCAUAAUUUUCUCUAUAAUCGGUGGAAUAUUGAUAAAGAUGUAUGGUAUUGUACCGGUUUUUAUUGGCUUCGAGAUAUUUUUACUGUUCGGUCUUAUAUUCAAUGUCUUGCUAAAAAAAGAACAAAGACGACAAGAUGCAAAAAAAAUGACCGAAUCCGAAGGAUUCAUCGAGAUGAUCAAUAAAAACAACAUCGAUGGUGUUCCAAAAACUAAUACCUGCAUAUAAAUUUUUUAGUAUUUUCCCAAAUACCAGUUAAAUCUCAAAAUAGAUUAUCGCAUCACGAUACCACGCAAUUGAGAAUCCCAUUCUUGUCCUAAACAUGAGUUCUCUAUCUAAAAUUAGAAUAGAAAUAUUAAGGAAACUUAAACAUUUUUAAAUGUUUUCUGUAUUGGUUUCAUUAAUGCAAUAAAAACAAUACAAAUGAUUUAUCUGGCUUACAUUGUUUCAUCAU